GUUCUCUUUAGGCAUCUUGCCGCGUUCACGCAUUAUUGAAUGUCCCACCGGGUCCCGAGUGACUUCCCUCUCCUCAGCGGCCCGCCACCCCCUCCGCGGACAUCGCAGACAGAAGACACCUGCCGUAAGUGCAACAAGGAGUUCAGCAUCCUCUUCACGAGAUCACGCAAGUGCAAUCACUGUGGUUACAACUACUGCUCGUCAUGCUCGGACUACUCGGCGCUCAUGCCCCGCCUCGGGCAAGCCUCGGGUUAUGACUCUGUCCAUGUAUGCGCAUACUGCAUUGAGCUCCUUCAAAUAACAGCGUCCGGCAGGUCUCAGCUAAAGGCCCUUCCUAUGGCUAAGCUGCGCCACUAUUGCGAGGCGUACAAUAUCAAACCUCGCGGAGCUGUUGAGAAGCAAGACUUUGUGGAUGCCGCCAUUGCUGCACGGACAAGUCGGGGAUGUCUUAAGCCCGACAAUGAGGAUUACUAUCGCAAGCACCGGGUUCCCAAGCAUGGCUCUAGUCGUCAACCUCGUAGUUUCUUCAGCAGGGUGUCAGAUCGCAUGCAAGACGCUGCGAACAACAUUGCCUCAGCCGCCACGACUCCGUUCCCUCCUCGCGUAUCUUCACCCCCGCCAAGGCCACAAACCCAAUACACGCGGUUUGACCCUCAGUCUGGUUCUUUCGCUCGCCCCGAUCUCGAUCCACGGCGACCUCAACAAGGCACACCUAGACAACAGCAAUACCGCCCGCAUACAGCCUCUGGCCGCGCGUCCUAUGCCGCCUCCUCCCAGUCCCGCUUCUCGCCACCUCCCCGUCCGACAUCAGCUGCAGGCAUCCGCACUCCCGCCAGUCCAUCGGUCUCGCGCAGCCCAUCGACGAACCUGAACGUCCCACCCCCGCAGCGCGCCCGCGCGACCUCGACGCCUUCUGCGCCUCCUCGCCCGCGUCAGUCACCGCAGCCGACGCCCACACUUGACCAACUGCUUGACACGCCCACGGAGCGCAUCGCCGCGCUCUCUAUCCACACGCUCAAGGCGAUCCUCUUUGACAACCACGUGAACGCGCGGCUCAUACUCGAGAAGGGCGACCUCGUCGCUAAAGUGACAACACUGGUCGAGGACGAGCGGCGCGAACGGGCACGACGCGCACGUGAGCUCGAGGAGGAGGAGGAACGAGAACGCGCUAUGCGAGAGAUAGCGGAGAACGAAGAGCGCGAGCGGAUGGCGGCGGCGACAGCCCAUCAGCGCCGGCGGGAGCAGGAGAGGUCGAGGGAGAGGCGGAGGAUGAUGCAGCAGGCGACGGUUGUGGAGGUGCGCGACGACCCGGAUGCGAUCGUGGACGGCGCGGAGUCGAUACGCACGUGGAACUCGGACGAAGAGGACGAGGAUGAGGAGCUAACACCAGAGAUGCGGACUGUGCCGCUGCCACCUCCGCUCGUACCGUCGAAAGGGCCGCCUCUACCGCCGAAAGGGCCACCUGUUUCUACAAGGAUGCCGAUGGCGGCUGCGGAGCGGUCGGGGCUGUGCGUUAUAUGCCAGGACGAGGAGGCGAAUAUUGCGAUCGUGGACUGUGGGCAUCUCGCCAUGUGCAGAAACUGUUCCAGCCUCGUCAUGCAGUCAUCGCGCGAGUGCCCGCUCUGCCGCACAAGGAUCGUCACCGAGCAGCGCCUGCUGCGUAUCUUCAAGACCUAGAUGCACGAUGUGAUCGUUCUACAGGUAAUAAUGGACGCGUUCGUUUGGAAUUUUCCUUUGGGUCUUGACGGUGCUCGGGCAAGGAUGGUUACAUACAGAUUCCUGCCGCGGGGAUGCUUUGCAUUAAUGACGCGCUCGUACUAAUUUAUGGACACGCACCUUGCUAUGUUGGCCAUUGUACGUUACCUCACAUUCAUCGGAAUUUAUAUUUUGC